UGCCCGGCUUGUCACAUAGAUGGUCUUUGCAUUGAGCAAUGGUAGAAGCGUUCUACUUUUGAUCCUUUCUACUGGCGAUGAUGCUGAGAUGCCGAGCUCUGGCCUUCUCAUGAGGCAUCAACCUGUGGAAGAAUGCCUGGCAUUGCCAGACAUGCAUGUCCAAGUAUCCUUCCUAUCCACACUGACUGGCCCUGCUUCGCCGAGCAGCUCCGGUCGAUGCGUCGACCAAUCUGGCACCGUCUCCUAUGGUCUCUCAAGCUCUGUAUAGAUAACCCAGCGCCCCACAUUGCCAAAGUUCCUCGAAAACAAAUAGGAACACAACUCACCGCAUUGACGCCAGUGCUGCCGGUCUUCAACGCGCUGCCGGCAGCCCGGCUGAACGCCGCUCUGGAAGCGAACAAGUGGGCCAUCUUGCACUUGCACUCCUUGCUCCUUUUGGUGCUAGAAGCGGGGUGGGGGCGAUGCUCUAACCUUCAGAUGGAAGCGGGAUGGAGGGGAAGUGAGGUGAAGGAGAAUACCUCUGCACAACGUGGCGAAAGUCGACAGCGUUGCGUGUGGUCUUCUUCGCCAGUGCCAAGCAGAGACUUCACUGACGCUGUGCUGGCCGGCGGGUGUCGGGUAGCCAGUCGCGGCGCGCAGAUAUCAAAUGGCGGGACUUACAGACAGCUUAUCCCGUAAAUCCACGCACUAAUGAAACCAGGCUUCCUCUCCCUGCAU